GCUGCCGCUGCCCGCAUCACAUGCCACCUGCGGCUGUUCCAGCUUCAGACUUUGUCCAACCGCACUCUAGUACAGCUUCAUGUCGAAAACCGUAAUGUGGGCCUGCGGCUGGGACUGGUGCCGGCAGACCUUCCGUCAACAAGAGGCUCUACUGAACCAUGUUCUUGUCGAUCAUUGCGACCAACUACUGCCAAUACGAUCUAGUGACCUGGUCAUCGAACGCCGCGCCCAAGACGGUGCACACGGACUUACAUACAGUUUCCUUGACGCGUAUGGCACGAUCCAGUCCUCUUCUACUACGUCUGGCAAUGUGCGGUCUGGCAGCGACUCGCAAGGACUUGAUAUACGCGCUGCCAGGUUGUCACGGUCGGCACCAUUUCCUAUAGCUCUACGGCGUCUAUCCUCCUCGAGCAAGCGGCAAUCGCAAACGCAGUCGGACACGCCCGUGUCAGAAACAUCCAGUUUCAUCCCACCAGGCAAUCAAGCCGCAUACUAUGCCCUCGCUGGAGUCACUUCGCGCCGCCAUUCUUCGGUGGCCUCGACCUCGGACCUCGACAUGCCACCGUCAACGCCACAUACGCGGUUCAGCAUGAUCGAGCAGAAGUCGUCGCCGAUGGUCACUCCGCCUGCGGAGACAGUUCCGCCAUCGCCGAAUUUCGAUGAUAUGAUCACGAAGGCAACAUCAAGGGCCCGACCUCGGCAUAUUUCAGCGAUCGCUGAGGAUGAACUUGACGACUCCGGCGACAAUUUCAUCUCGUUCCCGAGCGGUGUCAAUGCUAUACCAGAUCCCGUCGAGGCCCUAGCUGGGCAAUGCUCACCGUCCCCCAGGAAGCACUUACAGAGCCAGAACCAGAGUCAAGAGUCUCGUACGGAGUCCGAAACUGACAUCGAGCGGCAGCUCACGCAAAUAAAACCGUCGCCCUCACCUAUCAUUACACCGCCGCGCUCACCCCUGCAUCGUAAACGCGGAAACACGGAAGACAUAUCGGGGGCUGAGCGACACUUCAAACGGCGCCUAGACGAUCACUCGGGACCUCGCGUUGUCCGGACUGCCCUUGAACAUCGCCAGCGACAUAAAUUUUGUGCAGAUGUCUCAGAGCCUCGGCGCUCAGCAGACGACAUCGAGCCUGAGUGUCAAGCCUCGGCAUGGCAUGAAUCGUGGCACCAGGUUGAUCUACAACCACUCGGUCCGCUCAUCGAACCCAGUCAGUUGGAAGAGCGGGACCGACCAUUGACCCCGACGCCACCAUUGUUGACCCAAGCACCGUACUUGUACACACUGUCCAGUGCGCCUCAGCAUACUCAGGAUGUAUCUAUGUCGUCAGGUCAAUGAAUGGCUGUACCC